AUGGCCUCCUCCCUCAUCCUAUCAUUUGUAAUCCUGGCCGUCCUCUUGUGCUCAGCCGGAGGUCAGCUUAACGACGAAGUCCUGGGCCUCAUCGUCUUCAAGUCUGGCCUCCAAGACCCCUCCAACUCCCUCGCCUCCUGGAACGAGGACGACGCCUCCCCCUGCGCCUGGCUUCACGUCCUCUGCAAUCCUACCACCGGCCGCGUCACCUCCCUCUCCCUCGACGGCCUCUCCCUCUCCGGCAGAAUCGGCCGGGGCCUCGACAGGCUGCACGCCCUUAACUCCCUUUCCCUCUCCAACAACGCCCUCACGGGCCCCCUCAGCCCCGACCUGGCCCUCAUCCCCAACCUCCGCCGCCUCAAUCUCAGCCGCAACGCCCUCUCCGGCAAUCUGCCCCUCAAAAUCUCCACCCUUCACUUUCUCGACUUCUCCGAAAACUCCCUCUCGGGCCCCCUCCCUGACGACAUCUUCCGAAACUCCUCCUCUUCCCUCAGGUACCUCUCGUUGGCCGGGAACCGUCUCGAGGGGCCCGUCCCGAGCACCCUCUGGAAAUGCGGCUCCCUCAAUCACCUCAACCUUUCGGGCAAUCGCUUCUCGGGUGUGCCUGCAGGAGCCAUUUGGUCUCUCACGAGGCUCCGCACGUUGGACCUGUCCGCAAACCUGUUCACGGGACCCUUACCGCCUGGUGCUUCGGCAGUUCAUAACCUCAAGGAGCUCGUUCUACUUGGGAAUCAGUUCUCGGGGCCCGUGCCAGCUGACAUUGGCCUCUGCCCACACUUGGCCCGCCUCGACUUGAGCGACAAUCUGUUGGCAGGACCUGUUCCCGAGACCCUGCAGCGGUUGAGUUGGCUCGUUUAUUUGAGCCUGUCCGGAAACUCUCUAGCCGGAGAUUUCCCUUGGUGGAUUGGGAAACUAGGCAGCAGCAUCCAAUACUUGGAUCUGUCUAGGAAUGCUCUCACGGGAACAAUUCCUGCAUCGAUUGGGGAAUUGAAGUCCCUCAAAUUUCUGAGCUUGUCUGACAAUAUGUUGAGCGGGACCAUUCCUGGGUCGUUGAGCGAGUGCUAUAGCUUAUCUGUGAUUCGGUUGAGCAGGAAUAGCCUCAACGGGAGCAUACCGGACGGCUUGUUCGACAUGAAGCUGGACGAAAUCGAUCUCUCUAGAAACAACCUGACUGGGCUGAUUGUUCCCCCGGCUUCCAAUGGUAAAGCUUUCGAGACACUCCAGAUAUUGGAUCUGUCGAGGAACAAUCUGCAGGGACCACUCCACUUUCCAGCAGAAUCGAGAGUGAGGUACCUGAAUCUGUCGUGGAACCAUCUGGCGACCAGUAUGCCGCAGGAGUUCGGUCGCUUUCGAAAUCUCGCCGUCUUAGAUAUGAGAAACAACGAGUUGACAGGAUCGAUACCGGGCGACAUUUGCGAGUCUGCCGGCAGCUUGGCAAUCCUUCAGCUUGAUGGGAACUUGUUGACGGGUCCCAUCCCUCGUGAAAUUGGAAACUGUUUGUCUCUCUACUUGCUGAGCUUGUCCCACAACAACCUGAGCGGACCCAUUCCUGAAUCCAUGUCCUCACUGACAAAUCUCAAGAUUCUGAAGCUUGAGGUGAACCAACUGACAGGGGAAAUGCCCCGGGAACUCGGCCAACUCCAGAAUCUUGUAAUCGCGAAUCUCUCCCACAAUAGGCUGGUCGGCCGACUGCCCCCCGGUAGCAUAUUCCCGACCCUGGACUCGAGUGCAAUCGAGGGAAAUUUAGGGCUCUGCUCCCCUAUCCUCAAGGGACCCUGCAUGCUCGAUGUUCCCAAGCCUCUUGUUCUCGACCCCUACGCCCACGGCAACCGAAACCCCUCAUCAGGAAUAAACCCCAACGACGUCAUGUCCCGCCACCGCAGGUUCCUCAGUGUCUCGGCCAUAGUCGCCAUGUCAGCUGCCGCCGUCAUAGCCGUAGGCGUUUUGGUCAUAACUUUGCUCAAUGCCUCUGCUCGUAGAAGGAUCGCAUUUAUAGAAAAUGCCCUGGAAAGCAUGUAUUCGACCUCGUCAUCCAACAUCUCUGCCGGUGCCGGAAAACUCAUUCUCUUUGACUCCAAGUCGUCCGCUGACUGGUUCGGCAGCGGUCUCGACUCCGUCCUCUGCAAAGCGGCCGUGAUCGGGGAAGGAGCACUGGGGACCGUCUACCGGGCCCCAUCCCCAGGGCUGGUGAUAAAAAAACUCCUAAUUACCUCUGUUGUGUGCCCCGAGGAGUUUGAUCGAGAGAUCCGCAUCCUGGGGAAAGCGCGCCACCCGAAUCUGAACCCGCUCAGAGGAUACUACUGGACACCUCAGCUUCAGCUUCUGGUCUCGGAUCGUGCAGCCGGGGGCAGCCUGCAGUGGAGGCUGCACGAGCACCCAGAGGCCCUGACAUGGGCCGAGCGGCUGGGGAUCGUGGUGGGUACGGCCAGGGGCCUGGCCCACCUGCACCACGCGUUCCGGCCACCGAUUGUGCAUCACGGGGUGAGGCCAGCGAACGUGCUCCUGGAUGAGGAUAAGAUACCGAGGCUAUCGGACUUCGGGCUAGCUAGACUGGUGGGCGGGCCCAGGGGAGUGGUGGAGGGGUACACGGCCCCGGAGGUGGGGUGCGGGAGCCUGAGGGUGAAUGAGAAGUGCGACGUGUACGGGUUUGGGGUGGUGGUGCUGGAGGUGGUGACGGGUAGGAGAGCGGUGGAGUACUAUGAGGAGGAGAGGGUUGUGGUGCUGACGGAGCAGGUGAAGGGAAUGGUGGAGAGGGGGAAUGUGCUCGACUGCGUGGACAAGAGGAUGGGACUUUGUUACCAGGAGGAAGAGGAGGUGCUACCGCUGCUCAAGCUGGCCCUCGUGUGCACGUCUCACCUGCCGUCCAGCAGGCCAUCCAUGGCCGAGGUGGUGCAGAUACUAGAGGUUAUCACAACGCCUCUGCCCGCCACAACACAACCUUACUGA